CGUGUUGUGACCGUCGGGGGCGGCACUGGGUCGUCGGUCUUGCUUCGUGGGUUGAAGUGGUACGUCGAUCGGAUUGAUAUCACCGCGAUCGUAACCACAUUCGACGACGGUGGCUCGUCUGGGAGGUUGCGUGAUGAGUAUGGUGUCCCCGCAUUAGGCGACAUUCGACGGUGUAUCGCCGCACUGAUACCGCCGGGCACGAGGUUCGACAAAAUCCGAGACGAGUUCGAAUUUCGAUUCGAAACUGCAACGCAGCUCAAAGGACACGCAUUUGGGAAUCUCAUGUUACUGAUGUCGAUACAACGGAAUGGCAACCUGACCAAAGCAAUCGACUCCAUUUCAGACUCGCUAAAUCUGCUCGGACGCGUGAUUCCCGUUAGCGAAACGCCUUCCGACGUUUGCGCGACCUUGGAUGACGGAUCCGUCAUUCGUGGCGAAUCGACGGUCGGUGCCCGAAAUGAAGAAUUGUUCGGAAAAUCGCAGGUUUACCUGGAUCCUGCAGUAACCGCGAACCCCGACGCGCUAGACGCACUACACAACGCCGAUGUUGUAGUCCUGGGACCUGGUGACCUUUUCACCAGCGUGAUUCCUAACUUAGUCGCAGACGGAGUCGCCGUCGCUGUCAGAGACAGCCAAGCACGCAUCUUGCAGAUCUGCAACAUCGCCAAGAAGCGCAACGAAUCCGGUGGUUACUCGGCCUCCGAUUUCGUGGCGACAGCAAAUCGCUACUUGAACCCAGUCGCCAAUAUCCAGUCGCCUGCCCGACGCGUUGACGCCUUGAUCGUGAAUGAAUUCGAAGCCGGUUCGCCACAACCGGAAAAGGCGAUCGAACUUGACGCGCAACUUCACACACAAAUCGACACGAUAUUGGCUCGACCUAUCGCGAGCGCGACUGACCCGCGGAUCCACGAUCCAGAAAAGCUGGCAUCCGCAGUAAUGGAAUACGUUGACGCGGAUUUGACCUGA